CUUUCUUUUCUCCAUUUUCAAGCCCUCUGCUGAAUUCGCUUUCUCGUCGCUUCAACUCAUCGCUUCAACUUAACCUAUUGGCCUUCUCAUCCUUUUAGCUUUCAGAAUAAUCAUACCCUAACAAUUCCUCCCUCUUACUCCCAAAUUGAUGACAGACGCCGAGAUUAGCAGCAGUUACGAUGAGUGUACCGAAAACCUUUGGCGGUAGCAUCCCACUGGGAAGCAUGAUAAACCUCUUUAAUAGCGAGAGCGAGUCGCCUGAGCCCGAUCUUUCUCGAUCAUCCAAGCCGUCUAGAGAACGAGGUCGACAGACCUUUAACCCAUUUGUGCCCCCCCCUUCUGAGGGACGGGCAGGCUCCGACGCCUUGAAGAAAAUUGGCUCCAAUUCCGAAGCCACCAAUCUGCAGGCAUGGGUCACGAACUCGAGAUGUCUAAGCAUCAGAACAUAUCGGACGACCAAGCUACAGAGGAAGGACACUACCUACUUUGGGGUUGUGAACGCAAUUGUGGAAACAGAAACUGAGAGAAUGAAUACCUUGACGCCGGAACGAAGCCUGGUUAAUGGGUUGUUGAAGGCGGAUUCUCGGAUGUGUUCUCAGUCACAAGCUGGAUGCGGUGGACUCCAAGACGGUUGAUUGCAACCUAGAGCCUCCUAGAACCCGCGGACAUUCAGAGCCUCUUAGAGCCCUUAGAUAAU